UCCAAAUCAGCAAGAUGUUUGAGCGGCGAGCCAAGGGAAGUGCGUGGAGGCCCGAGGCGCUGCACAGCAGACACUGACAGACCUGCUGAAGCAGCAGGGAGGUGAGGUGAGCUCGGUGGAAAAUGCUACGGCCAAUUCGCCCAGUGGAGGCAGAGCCAACGGCAUCUCGGCCAGGAUGCUGCGCAGCAGGAGUGAACAGUACCAUCUGAAUAACUCAGCUUAUGGGCCAUUUGGACAAGGGCUUCCACACCCACACAGCAACCACAGCACAGUGGGACUUAACAAAUACUCUUCCCUUAAAGCUGUGGCGCACAGUGCAUCUCGUAGCUACUACAAGAGCUUCCCACUCAUGGACUUCUCCCAGUACCAGCCUGUGGCACCUCCUGCCUUCCAGCCUCUGCCUGUACAGCCCAAGGAGAAGUCAUACAUCCACCAGCCUGUGUCAGCGCACCACGACCUCCACGCCCCACUCUCUAUCUCCAUCCCCUCCAGCCACCUGGAGCACUCUCAUCUCUCCAAGACCACCACACACCCGCUGCUCUCCAGCUCGGCUUUCAAAGACUGGGAGUCGACUGGCCGCCACGUCCACAGGCAGACCUCUGCCCCAGGGCAUUCCUCCUCCAUACACAGCUCCACCCGGAGACAUGGCUACUCAACCCGGAGGCAGCAGAGCAUAGAGAACAUGCCGGAUCUCUUUAGCCAGCCCUAUGGAGGAGCUGGAGGGGGAGCAGGGCAAGGGCAGCACGCACAGGGGCAGCACAUACAGGGGCAGCACCCAUCACAACCCUCCUACUACCACCACACCAGGCAGAAGAGCUACUCUACACACAGUACGACUGAGGUGACCGUCUGAUCACCAAGGCCUCAGAGAGCGGCCUGCUGCAGUGUUAAACAUACUAAGAAAAACCUUUGGUGUUUGCUAAAUGCCAGUGUUUGGGACAGUUGGCCCAACAGGCGAGGGAUGUUAAAUGGGGAGGCACAUUCAGAUUUACAAGAUGAAAAGGGAUGUUUUGAUAAGUGGAAACAGUGAGAUUCAAGAGAAAAACAGCAUAGCAGAACCACCAUUCUCACAGACAAUGGACUCUGCUGGUAAAGGUUAUUAUUGGACUCCAGCAGGGGUCUUCUACAUUGAUCAUAUAAAGUAGCUAACUGAAAGGAAAUGUACCAAGGUUGCUUAGAAUCACUCUCAGGCUCCUAUAUGUCACACAGCCUUCACAUAUUACACAGUACAGUUUCACACUACAGUGUGGUUUCAUUUUGGUUGUACAGACCUUGACAGAACAGCAAAAAUCUUACUUGUGCCAGCUCUUAGAGCAAAGUGCAAGCUUGAUUUUGUCUGCAGUAAAGUCGUACACGUUGGUUCCUUGUCAGAUUUGGCAGGAAUGUACAGUUUGUUUGUGUUAGCCAUGUAACUCCUGUUACAUUUAGUUCAGUAGGUCAAUGGCACAUGUUGCUGCAAAAUACCAAGCUGGCUCGUGGUCAGGUUGGCUUGUUAAAAACACUCUACAAUGAGCCUGGAGCUGACAAAAAACUGUAGCCAGAGCCCACACUUUCUGACACUGUCAAUUCAAGGAGACAUUCAGUCAAAACAUACAGCUGUUCCCAUUUGCUGCAUUUGAUGUAAAUGUGCGUCAUAACCUUUAAGUUGCAUUUAUGUGGUUCACCUACAGGAGUUAGACCUCAGGAAUCAUUCACUUAAAUUCGGUGAUACACUAAAAAUCUUUUACCAUUAUUGGCAACCAAUAGAAACAGCAACACAUUAAUAAAACAUACGUCCUACAAAACCCACUGCUCCCUCCCCCUUAAAGGAAUCAUUUGAAAGAGGCUUUCGUUCAGAGUUAGAUUUGAUAUUACUCUCUGGUAUGAAUCUUCUCAUCUAACUCUCCAAGAAAGCAAAUAAUCAUAUUAUCUAAAAUGUUCUACCCUGCUACAUUGAUUAAGUCACUACUGUAUGUAACAACAGUGAUCUGUACAUUAGCAAGGUAAUUAGAGCAGAGACAUUAAAAACAAUUAAAGUAAUAUAUCUCUAUGAUACAUUAUGGAAUAAUAACAUUACAG